AUGUCGACCUCCACUUCCCCCGCACAGGAGCUCAAGGAGGAGAUCAAGGCCCUUGAGGCGAAGACGGUGAACCAGACCAUCCAGCAGAUCCGCUCGCUGGCCGCGGGUGCCGCGGGUGGUCUCUGCGCCGUGGUCGUGGGACAUCCCUUCGACCUGGUCAAAGUCCGCUUGCAGACCGCGGAGAAGGGGGUCUAUGCGGGCGCAAUGGAUGUUGUGCGCAAGACUGUGGCCCGCGAGGGAUUGGCCCGGGGCUUGUAUGCCGGUGUGUCUGCCCCGCUUGUGGGUGUGACUCCGAUGUUUGCUGUUAGCUUCUGGGGUUACGAUGUGGGCAAGGGCCUGGUCGAGAAGUUUUCGACUGUGCCGGUGGUCAACAACACUCCGCAGUACUCGAUUGCCCAGAUCUCCACCGCUGGGUUCUUCUCCGCCGUCCCCAUGACCCUGAUCACCGCCCCCUUCGAGCGGGUCAAGGUUCUGCUUCAGAUCCAGGGUCAGAACCCACCCCCACCCGGCCAGAAGCCCAAGUAUUCCGGUGGUGUGGAUGUUGUGCGCCAGCUGUACAAGGAGGGGGGUAUCCGCAGUGUGUUCCGCGGCAGCGCCAUGACGCUGGCCCGUGAUGGCCCCGGCUCGGCCGCGUACUUCGCGGCCUACGAGUACAUCAAGCGGACGCUGACCCCCAAGGACGAGAAUGGCAAUGUGACUGGCGAGCUGUCCCUGACCGCCGUGGUGACUGCUGGUGGUGCGGCCGGUAUCGCCAUGUGGAUCCCCGUUUUCCCUGUCGACACGAUCAAGUCCCGUCUGCAGAGCGCACCGGGCAAGCCGACCAUCGGGGGCACUAUCCGCUCGGUGUAUGCCAGCGGUGGUUUCAAGGCUUUCUUCCCUGGUUUCGGCCCCGCGCUGUGCCGUGCCGUGCCUGCCAAUGCGGCCACCUUCCUGGGUGUCGAACUUGCCCACAAGUUCAUGAAGAAGCUCUUCGACUAG